GGGACUUUUGGGAGGAGUCACAGUAAGGUUGUCGGGGGGCUGGAAGGAUUUAUAAGGAGAUGUGGAGCCCGCGUCACGCGGACCAAACGAGUUUAACCUCCUCCCGGGGAUGUUGACAAAGGAGGGACGUCGCACAUGGUUCAGUUUGGACUGAAAGACAUACCCGAACCAGCAGAGUGAUCUUAUCACAGCGACCAGGAACAAGUCGACCGACCCGGCCUCCGCCGAUGCACAAAUACCGUUUUAAUGCUUUCUACAGGCUAGAAUGAAGCCAUGAUGGGUUGGAUGGAGCUGACUUGUGUUCACAUACCAAACAGGCCAAAGUGCUUUUUAAGAACACAAUUUCUUCCACAUAAUGGCUGGGAGUGAGAAUAACUACUGGACACAACAUGACCUGAACAGAGAGGGUUUUGGCCUGAGUGUUGACAUGGAUCAAAACCUGACGGAGCCUCAACGGCAGCAAAUGGCCAAAGAACUUAACUGCAACAUCGCCCUCUCACAGCCUCCUUUCUACUCCGAUGCGUCCCGCCUGGCGUCUGACGGCAUGCUGCGGCCUCACGAAGGAGACCAGGUGGUCCCUUCUUCCCAGAGACGGACGUUUUUUGGGGGCCACCCGAGAGAAGCCAAACCCCUGCCGCCUCUGCCUGACCCUGAGGAGGUCAUGUCCGAUGAGGCCGCCGACAGUGAGGUGGAGUUUUUCACCAGCGACCGGCGGCGCCUUUUGCCCAAAAGCUGUCCCAAGGCCAUUAGCCGGGACAAGAACAGAGACUCUGGCCAGGUGAACUACGCCUACCAGGAGAGCUCUUGGCGGGCGGGUGGUGCUGGACCCGGCACCAUGGCUUUCUCGUGGCCAAGCAGGCAGGACAGACCAGCCGGAAGUAGAGGGGGCAGCUUCUGGCCACUUGCUCCCCGGGGUGAAGACCACCAGCGCGUGGGGUCGGCAGUCGGCGACGCUUUGUCUAGCAAGCAGCCCGACCAACACAGACUCCGGGUCCCCUUUUCGGGCGCUGAUCCGCAGCCGCUCCUCAGCAGCACCUCCAGCUGCCUCCCUGAAAAGCCGCUAAUCCCUCCUCGCAUCCCCAUCCCGCCAAAGCCUCUCUCAAAAAGCGCCAGCUCCAACGAAGAGGACAGGCCUCCCAAAAUUCCUCCGAGGGUCCCUUUGGUCCCGCCGUGCCCACCGCGUACCCCGAGCCCCAAGCGCCUCCCGAUUUACAUCAACGGCGUGAUGCCCGCCACGCAGAGUUUUGCUGCUAACCCCAAGUACGUGAGCAAGACAUUACAGAGACAGCAGAGCGAACGGGUCCCGCCUGCAGCCCAGUUUUCGCCCUGCAUCGUUCCCAUCGUGAAGGACGGCAGGAAGGCCAGCGCCACACACUACAUCCUGCUGCCGCCGGGCCGACCGCCGCACUCGGACAGACGAGAGAGACUCCUGAGCGAACCGGCCCGGAUGGGAACCGGCGGCGGCGUCUGGCAGAACAGAUAGAAACCGCCACGGGUCACCGAGCGAGAGUCGACUUGACAUCGUUGUGACGCGCUGUCGUGCAGAGCCAGUGACAAACAUCUACCUGCUACAUUCACACUGUCAUACUGGUUGCUGUUUUCAAUGAUUGCUCAUGUCACACGAUACUGUGAGGGUUUUAUCUUUUUUUUUUCAUCUUACCGGUCAGUAUUGUAGCAACAUGAAACAGUUAUAACAUUCCAAAAUUUUCACUAACGGAUAAGAAUAUUUAGAUAUGGGUUUUUAAUUGGGGUUUUUUUCUCAGUGACAAGUCUUGUCACUCAUUUACUUUUAAGUCUGCUCACAUCACUAACACAUUCCUUACAAGAGCGCAAAUCAUUACUGUAAGUACAAGCUGGGCUUGUACUAAUCUGAUCAUUCCAUGUGCAUCUUUUAAUGACAAUGCUGCUUGAAAUUUUAAGUAAGUUUAAUUUAUUUUAUCGCUGAACCAUUCUCACAAUUAAGACACGUCAUAUUUAACAAUGUGGCCAAUAUUAGCACAACAAAAACAAAACAUGGUAUGAACUACAGUGAGAGAAAUACAUGACAAAGCUCUUGGCUUCCGUUUGUAUUUUAGUGCUUACGACUUGCUUUUUGAGCAAGCUAAAGCCCUCCUGCAAAAACGCAUCAUAUUCUAUGCUCAAGUUCAAUCUAUUUAAGGGAAACGAUGGUCUCACCAACAGAAUACAUGACUGAAACCCACGGCCAGCCUCAAAAUGAUUGACGUCUUUUUAAUACAUAUGAAGUAAACUUACGUUCUCACUACUAGUGUUUAUGCUCAGUGGACACAUGUUGAUAUUUAUGAUGAAUUAUUUUUUGUCUCAAACAAGGUAUGUUGAAAAAAAAUACCAAUUGGGCCAGAUUAUUUGUGUGCAUGUGUGGGUAUGGAAGUCAUGUUACGUUUACACUGUAGUGAUGCAGAACCCUGUCUACAACCGAAGUUCUCAUGAAGAGUCAGUGCCAGAUUUGGCCUAAGCAAAAGCUGUUUAUAAUGUCAAUGUCAAAAUUAAAUUGUUUUUUUAUCUAUUUAUAGAAAUAAAAUAACUUAUUCAUUCUA